AUGGCCGAAGCGAAGGUGCCUGUCACCAUCACCUACAAGGUGUCUGGCACCCAGCCACCCUUGUAUGUCGCAGGCUCAUUCUCCGAUCCAGAAUGGGAGCCCCAGCAGAUGGACUACACAACCGACGAGGAUGGCGAACAUACCUUCAAGAAAGAGCUCAAGCUUCAGCCAGGCUCCAAGUUCCAAUACAAAUUUCGCGUUGGCGAGGGUGACUGGUGGCUCGUUAAUAACGAUGCGCCUAUAGUCACCGACGAUUCUGGGAAUCAGAACAACCUUCUCGAAGCACCACAUAGUCCAGAAAAUCUAAAGCUCGAUCUGGAUACUAAGCUGGAGCCUGAGACGAAGGUGGAGCCAGGUAUCGACGAAAAGGGAAUUGAGCAAGAUCACAAUAUCGAGGAGCAGCCCAAAAUCAGGAUGGAGUCUGGUUUUGAACCACUGGACAAGGAGAAGGGCGUCGAGGAGGCACCAGAUAUCAAGGUCAAAUCCGAAACGGACGAUAAGUCAGCGUUGAAACCAGAGCCCGAGAGUCAAGUUCAGCCUAUCGAGACAAAUAGGGAAUUUUCCAAGGCGAGCUUGAAGACUCCUGUGUCUAUGCUACAAGACUCUAUCUCGCGCUCAGGCGCGAGUACCCCCGGGUUCGUACGCACUGCAGCAGAGGUGGCGGACUCGGCUGCCCUGUUAGAUCAAGAGGACCCCGAGCCAGAGAUAACAGACGAGGAGGCUGGAAGAUUAGGGGUUCGACGAUUAUCAUUGACACCGAUCCCACAAGUGGCGAUGACGGCUGCGGAGGUCGCCGACACAGCGCGGACGCUCGACCGCGAUGAGUUGAAAUUUGACCUUGUCGCCACUCCAGUGACUUAUCAUAAUCUUGCUGACGUUAGAGGCGACAUGAGGGACGACAGCCUCGAUCUACCCGGGGAAACCCAAGAUCGCGUGCCUUUAUUUGCACACGAGUGUAUUGGUCUAUAUGAAGAUGACGAGAUCCCAGGAGUCUCGGAACAAGACGAUCCUGAAGAGCUGCUGGGAGACCCGGCAUUCGAGGUAGACGAUGUGGAUCUAAACGAUCCGACUCUCGAGCAAUUCCCCUCCAAUCGAGACCAGAUUAUGGACACGGUGCGCAAGAUGGAGACGGGCUUGAACGAGGAUCAGACUCAUUUCGAGGGAGUGCCACCCUCCCCGAUCGUUGCAGCGAGGAGCAACAGUGUCACUGAUAUUCCUGGCGACUUUGGCAUGUCACCGGCCAGUAGCCCGAUUAUGUCGCGAGGCAAUCAUCACCGCCCAGACCACCGUCUAGAUGUCCCUAAGAGAGGAUCUAGAGGAUCCCUGAGUAGUGAUCGAUCAUCGUCAGUCCUAAGCCUGGGUUCGAUAGCGGAAGCCACAGAGGAGAAGGAAUUGGAGUCGGAGCACACCACAGCACAGGAGAUCGCACCAUUAGUGGAGCAAGCAGCCAGCGCAGAGGCGGCCAUCAAUGUGGCUAAGGACGUGGAGGGAGAGAUGUCUCUGGAAGGCGCCACAGCUGAUGAGUCACCAACUCCGGUGAUAUUAAUGCCGAGUCCUGCUUUAAAGCCAGUCCUGGCGCCAACGUCUCUCGAUAGCGACGAAGAUGAGGCUGUUGUUCUCAAGGGUGGUGAGGCCGAAGCCAGAAACAACGCUCAGCACGAGCAUUCGGGAUACUUGACACCCGAGAGAGCUGCCUCACCCCAUCCACCGGAACCAGGUAGUCCGACUGAGCUAGCUCCAAACACUGCCGGCCCCACGCUGGGAAUUGAGACACAAGACUUUGAUUCGGCCGAGCGAAGAGGGAAAGAGGGAAUAACCACAAUUGUUCCCGAGAAUUCCGAGUCUCACAGCCCGAAGGUUGUGGUCCAUGCCGCGGAGUCUUCCAAGCCUAGUGGAGCCAGUGACGAAAGCCAGAAAGAGUCCGGGACAACGAGAAGCUUGGCGGAUAGUAACGAGACGGAUACCGUUGUGGAUGGGCCCCAGUCCCGAUCAACAGGCACCGAUACGACGAACUCGACCCAACUGAAGAAGAGAAACGUCCUGAGCCCAGUUGACCGUGCUCCGACACCCGCAUCGCUCUCAGAGGCUGGAAGGACAGCCGCAAAGAGUGGCAAUUGGUUCUUGUCGUUUUUCAGAUUGAUCUUUGUCGAUUGGAUCGGUGGAUUCAUCGGUAGGCUGUUUGCAUCACGACGCAAGACGUAA